AUGGAAACGAAGCCGAGAGCAAGCCCUAGCAGUGGAAAGGAGGCCUAUGAAAUUUGUCCCCAGGGACUACUGGUGUUCAGCGGCUCUUCAGAACAGGACAUGAACUUGGCCAAGCAAUUUUGGAUCACAGCUUCAAUGUACCCUCCUAAUGAAUCCCAGUUGGUGUCUGGAGGCAGCACUCAGCGUCUGCCGGUGGCCGGGGUCUCCAAGACCAGUGAGGCUGAGAAAAGUUACUUGCAGUCUUCUUUCCUUGAGAAAAACAGUAAGUACCAAGUUUUAUGUCUUCAACAUCCUGACUCUGAGAUUCUUCAGAAAAUGGAUAAGGCUACAGAUGAUAUUGCUGAAACCCUAAAGAUUGAGGAGAAAGAAAAGUAUCUCCAAAAGGCUAAAAGGAGAGAUGAGAUUCUCCAACUCUUAAGAAAACAAAGAGAAGAGAGGAUCUUGAAAGAACUUGUCUCCCUUCCUCACAAGCCAAAGACCAAAGUACACAAAGCAAAGAAACUGAUUCCAGAGUCAAAUAAAGAACAAGAAGAAGUCAAAGCCUUGAACUAAUUUGAUGGACACACGGCAGUGGAUGGCUUACUUUGAUCUUCACUUUUGAAACAACCUGCCUUUACAUCAGGUUCAUUGGGGUCAUCAGUUAAAAUAGGCAGAGAAAUAAAAGUUAAGUAUU